AACACUCACUCUAUUAUUCUGGGAAUGACUUUUCUAGAAUAAGUUGUUUGUCGUGCACCUUAGUCAAAACAUUUGAAGAGAAAAACCGGUCGCAAAAUGGUCGAUUACAGCAAAUGGAAAGAUAUUGAGAUUUCGGAUGAUGAAGAUGACACCCAUCCAAACAUUGACACACCAAGUUUAUUCAGAUGGAGACAUCAGGCUCGAGUUGAACGCAUGAAUGAGCAAGAGAAAAAGAAGCAAGCAAUCGAAAAUGAGCGUAAAAAUAAUCAAAAGCAAUUGGAAACAAUUCAACAGGAGUUGAAAAACUGUAGCGGAAAUGAAGAGAAAUUGUCACAACUUCAGGCAAAAUUGAAGGAGGUUGAAUCAAAAAAGAGCGAAUUGAAUUCCAAAUUUGAUGAGUUACGCUUACAAGAAAAGAAAACACCAUGGAAUGUCGAUACAAUUUCCAAACCAGCUUUUUCCAAAACGAUUAUCAAUAAAACAACGAAACGAUCAGACGAUGAUCUGACCGAAGAAGAAAAGGAAGUUCGUAUGCGCGAUUUUGUUAAGGAUAAUAAAAAAUUGCUCGAACAAUUUGGUAUGCUGCGCAGAUAUGAUGAUUCGAAAAAGUACCUCUUGGACCAUCCUCAUCUCGCGUGCGAAUCCACAGCCAACUACCUCGUUAUUUGGUGCAUUAAUUUGCAAAUGGAAGAGAAAACCAGCCUUAUGGAACAUGUUGCGCAUCAAUGCAUUUGCAUGCAAUAUAUUUUGGAAUUGGCCAAACAACUUGAUGCCGAUCCACGUGCAUGCAUCGGUCCGUUCUUUGAUCGAAUCCAAGUGGCUGACAUUGAAUAUAAAAAACACUUUGAUCUUGAAGUAGAAUCAUUUAAGGAGCGCAUCAAGAAACGUGCACUGGAGAAAAUCGAAGAUGCACUCGCCGAACAAGAAGAAGAAGAGCGUAAGCAACGUUUAGGUCCAGGUGGUCUCGAUCCAGUCGAAGUCUUUGAGUCAUUGCCAGAGUCGCUUCAAAAAUGUUUCGAAAGUCGUGACAUUGCCUUAUUGCAAGAGACAAUUAAAACGAUGCCAGAAGAUGAGGCCAAACUUCACUUGAAGCGUUGUGUUGACUCUGGUUUGUGGGUACCGGAUGCAUCGAAGGUUGAAAAAGACGGCGAAACAAGUGAAGCCGAUGAUGGUGCAGCUGCUUCCAGUUCAUCCGAUGCCAAACCAAAAGUGUCAACCGAAGAUGUUGACUAAAUAUCAACAUUUGACAAGUCGUCUUAAAAUAAGUUUUAAAUAAAUCAAGUUUUCUUUUUUUCGAUUUUACAUAAA